UUCAGUUCGCGGAAUUUGAUCGCUCCUUCAAACGCGCGACUGUCUCGGUGCAAAUGGAUGUGGGGAAAUACUUGUCUCGUAUCGGGUAUGUGGGACCCGUUGAAUCCACUUUCGAAGUGCUUCGGUCGGUCCAUAGACGGCAUCUGUUGUCGGUUCCGUUUGAAAACCUGACGAUCCACAGCGGCGGAAGAGUGCAGCGCGAACCUUCGCUUCUUUUUGAGAAGAUCGUGAAUCGACGUCGGGGCGGAUUCUGCUGUGAAAACAACGGCCUCUUCUACUGGCUCCUGGUCCAAAUGGGCUUCCAGGUCACGAGGUUAUCUGGCCAGGUCCGGUAUCCUGACGGGCUCUACGGGCCUCCGUUUGACCACAUGAUUCUGAUGGUGACUCUGGAUGGUCGCCGCUGGCUGUGCGACGUCGGUUUUGGUGCUCCCGGUAUCUUCUUCCCGCUGUCCCUGGACACCAGUGAUCCACAGGAACAGGGCCACAGAGUUUACCGGGUCAGGGAAGAUUCCGGAAUGCAUUUUCUGGAGUGGCAAGGAGAGGGGAGUACAGCCAAGACUCAGGAGUGGACCUCCCUUUACAAGUUUACUUUUGAACCCAGGGCUGCAGGGGACUUUGAACAGAUGUGCCUGCAUCAUCAGACUUCAGAGUACUCGCUCUUCUUCUGCAAGUCCCUUUGCACGAUGGCGAAACCCCAUGGGAGGUCGACCUACAUCGGCUUCAAGCUGACCAACACCACGUAUCCGACAGGGACGGAAGGAGUGACUGAAACCACCAGAGAACUGAAGGCAGAUGAAAUCACAGAUAUUUUGGCUGAGGAGUUUGGAAUUGUGCUGGACUCCCCACUCAUUCCCAAGGACGAGCCAGUGACUCCACUCGAUGUCGUGUAUUGAUUAUUCAGCUGUACGACGACAUGUCUGUGCCUGAUUAAAGAAUUAAU